CUGCGAAAAAUACUGUGAGUGCUGGAUUACUUGGCGUUUUUGAACAGGUCUUAUGAUCUCUCAUUGGAAAUCAUAAGUAGUACAAGCUGAGGACGCCGUUUUGUCACGAUGGGAGACAAAGGAUUUUCAGCGCUUCGCCCGAUCGUCUGCUUUUCUCUCUUCUUUGUAACACUGCGCCUCGUUCAUGGAGACCUGAGUUAUUCUGUCCCAGAGGAGAUGAAACGCAAUUCUGUCAUUGGAAAUAUCGCCAAAGAUCUCGGUCUUGGUCUAGGAACAUUGUCUUCCCGAAAGGCCCGCGUUGAUUUUGAGGGGACUCGUAAGCGGUACUGUGAUAUUAAUCUGAAUACUGGAGAUUUGAUCACAUCGGAGAGAAUGGACAGAGAAAGCCUUUGUGGCAAGAAACCCUCGUGCGUUGUGAAAGUAGAUCUGGUGUUAGAAAACCCUCUGGAGCUUCAUCGUGUAACUCUUCAUGUUCAAGAUGUAAACGAUAACUCUCCCCAAUUCAAUGAAAAUUUGAUUGAAAUGGAAAUACGCGAGUCAGCCGACAAGGGUAACCGCUUCUCUAUCGAGGAGGCCCAUGACGCAGAUAUAGGUCAAAAUGCUGUUCAAAGGUACAGCCUACAAAAGAAUGACAACUUUAUUCUCGCUGUUGACAGUAACAAGGUUGAACUCGUGCUAGAGAAUACACUUGACCGAGAAAAGCAAAAAGAGAUUAAUUUGCUUCUCACAGCUUUAGAUGGUGGCUCUCCUCAGAGAUCAGGUACUGUAGUCAUACACGUCACUGUGCUGGAUGCUAAUGAUAACGCCCCAGUGUUUAGCCAGGCCGUUUAUAAAGCCAGUCUGCCUGAAAACUCUCCUCCAGAUACCAAAGUGAUUACUGUUAGUGCUACUGACGCAGAUGAAGGAGUGAAUGGAGAUGUAACAUAUGAUUUAAGCCACGUGUCUGACGACGAUAUAAAUGUGUUUUCUAUUAAUCGUAAAACUGGAGAAAUUGGAGUAACUGGUGUGAUUGAUUUUGAAGAAAGCAGUUCUUUUGAAAUGAGAGUAAAAGCCAAAGAUGGUUUAGGACUAACCUCGUAUGCUAAAGUCAUAAUAGAUGUUACUGAUAUGAAUGAUAAUGCUCCAGUUAUAUAUCUGAAAUCACUGUUCAAUCCCAUACCUGAGAAUGUGUCACCUGGUACAGAGGUGGGCAUCAUUAACGUGCAGGAUAGAGACUCUGAGAAUAACAGACAGGUCCGCUGCUCCAUUCAGCAAAACGUCCCU